GCUUAAUCAUUUCCUGAGCUCAGCUGCAGCGAAGAGGGCGUCACCAUGAUAAAACGAGCGGCGGCCGCUGCGAUCGGAGGAGGUGACUUGCCUGCAUCCCUGCAUCCCCGAAUCGCCAGGCCUUCUCCUGGUCCCGGUCCGGGGCUGGAUGGGAGGCCUUAGAGAGGGGGCUCCCCCUCCUCUCCCGGAGCCGCUGGGGUGAUUCUUAGGGACCGAGAGCGGUACACCCUAGGAAGAGGACCCCGCGAUCCCCCACGUAGCUACUCCUCUAGUCCUUAUAUGUAAAGACCCUGGCCGUGGCGGCUGUGCCCGCGGUGCUGGGCGCCAUGGGCUUCACCGGGGCUGGAAUCGCCGCCUCCUCCAUCGCGGCCAAGAUGAUGUCAGCGGCCGCCGCGGCCAAUGGAGGCGGAGUUGCCGCCGGCAGCCUGGUGGCCACUCUCCAGUCCGUGGGGGCAGCUGGACUCUCCACAUCAUCCAACAUCCUCCUGGGCUCCGUUGGAUCAGCUUUUGGGGCUUUGCUUGGAGGGGCAAAAAGGGCACCUCCUUCCCCUCUCCAGGUGGAUCCAGACCUGAAGGAGAGCAGCCAGGAGGAAAUGUACCCCAAGUCGAGCCUCCAAAACCCCCGCUCAGGCCAGAGAAGCAUGAGAAAUAAAGAUCAUCUGCAGAUGUACUUCCCUGUCUUUGCUCCUUGCAGCCCUGGGAGGUUGUGA